AAAACAAGAACAAAGAACCAAAACAGAACCUUGUAUGGUGUCAACUGUCACACAGACCAGACCUCACCAAUCAAUUCUAUCUUAACCUCAAAUUUUUGGUACAUUCACUACCUAAUUACACAUAUUAGUACAUGUUAUAUUACCUUCAUUCUGUAACAGAAGAGACUCUUUUUAAUUCUAUUUUGCGAAAAAACAUCAUAUUUUAUAAUCAUUCACAUCCGAGAAGAAUAAUUAAACCCCAUAUAACGGAUCAAAAUUCUCUCCGGCGUAGCAGUUGUCCAAUCCCCUCCGGUUAGUGAUGCACCUUAAAAAAAUAUUGUGAUGCAAAAUUUUCCCAACGUGCACACUAACUAGAGGGGACCUUGCCCAGGAAAGGAUUUUAGUCCUCAUAUAACACCCUUUUAUAUAUCCAUCAACAUAGGUAGUCCCCCUAUCCUACAACUUGCCAACCUACCCAAACUCCCAACCUAACUACCUUUCAUACAUACCACCCUAGGAAAAUGAACAGAAAAUUUCUUGCAUGCCUUUUGAUCAGCUUAUAUGCUCAAGUCCUAUCAAGCUUGGCUCUUGAAAGUUCUUUCACUUCAAGAAACAGAGGAAUCGACAUCCCAAAACGUGUAAUACUCGAACUAGAAGUUCAUGGUGCAAACGGGACAAUCGCGUUGCGUAGAUAUGGUAGUGACAGAGAAUAUGAGGCAAAGAAUGGAAUAACGACCAUUGCGAGGAGGUCAAAGCAUGGGGCUGCAAGUGCUGUUCACCGACCUCGUCCUUCAGAGAAAAGUGCAGUAUCACCGCUGAAGAGUCGAUCUUUCUUCGUCUCUGCCUUGACUGCCUGUGUUAGCUUUGCUUUGUUCCUUCUUGUUCUGCUCUGAUUUUUGGAGCUGAUUUAAAGUAUUUAUUUAUGGUCAGGAAGUCUAAUAGUUCAUGACUGGUAAAAAUGUAGAGACUGCGUGUUUUUUUCUCCAUUUAUUUUUCUAUAGGCUUCCUUGUGCUCUAAUAGAAGUUGUGUACUACUGAAAAUGGCUAUAAUUUGUUUAUCAUCUUGGUUGUACCUUAUUUGAUGAGUGUUAUUUACUGGGUUUUUGAUGAAAAUAAACUUGAUUUUAGAA